AUGGGGGCGUGCGCGAGCGUCGAACGCGCGGUCGCGGACGACGACGGGGCGAACGAGCGCGUCGCGGAUGCCGCGGACGCGGCGUCGACGAGACGCGACGUCGCGACGAAGGAUCGAGUGCGUCGGUCGUCCACGAGGGACUCCGCGGAGGAGCUCGACGAGGGCGAGGGCGAACGCGAACGCGCGGAGGACGUCGCGGCGAAGUUUGAUCCGUUGGAACUCACGAGAACGCGCGUCGACGGUGACGAUCGCGAUGGGACGAACGGUAAACGACGCGUGAAAAGGAAGCCGUCGAAUGAGCUUCAUCCGACGGUCGUGGAGGCGUUGAAAUCCUCGAACGAAACCGUUCGCAACGCGGCCAAGUUUAUGAUCGAGCAAGGUUUGGACGAGGAGACGGAGAAGAAGUUUGCGUACUUGAAAAGCUUACCCGCGCUGAUGCCGAAACCCUCGUCGGAAGCUACCACGCGGUUGACCGCGCGCGAGGAGCCGAAAGGGCCAAAGGCGCUGUCCAAAGCGUUCGGAUUCGCAAUCCAAAAUCAAGACUUUGAGUGGGCGUCGGCGGAGGAAAUCGGCGCGCUGUUCUCCGACGACGGAAAGAAGAAGUUGUAUUGA